AUGUUCUCUCAACUUGUCAAGUCUAUUAUCUCAGAAAAGGUGACUGAGGCCACCCAACCCCUAGCCGCUGUCGCCAUUAAAGUUAUCGUAAAGGAAAAGGCAGGAAAGGAAGCCGUCGAGAAGUCGCUAAUAGAAGCAAACAUCAUGAAGUCUCUCGACCACGAAAACGUCAUCAAAUUCUACGAAGUCGGAGAGAAACUCGUGUUAAAACUGGCAGAUUUUGGGCUCAGUGUUCAGCUUAAAGAGUCCUGCCAAUAUUUGGAUCAAUUCGUCGGGACCAUAUGCUACAUGGCUCCGGAAAUAUUCCUCCGUGUCGCCUACGACGGAAAAAAGACUGAUUUGUGGUCAUGCGGAAUAAUUCUGUACUACAUGAUUAACGGGAAAAAACCAUUCUUCGACCUUGAUGACAAAAUAUUGAAGCAUUUGGUGAUUAGCGGGACAUUUGUGAUCCCUAAAAACAUGCCUCGUUGGAGUCAAGAUGUAGUCAUUGGAUUACUGAGACACGAUCCUGAAGAAAGGCUGGGAAUUGAUUUAAUCAAGAAGACUAUUGACAAAUAUUUUGAAAUCAAAUCGGAUAACUUGAAUUCCAAACUCAAUCUCCAUCAGAUGGAAGACGAAGUAUUCACUAACAGUGCUAUCGAACAAUAUGGAGUGGAUCUCAACACGCUCAUUCAAAAGAGGAAAAUCAAGGACCCUCGGAAUUCUGUAGCAGGACUUUACAAUAUUCUACUCCAUCAGAAACAAAAGGCUCGAAUGCAAAUGGAAAGCACUCAUUCUGCCUCUAAAAUUUAUAAAUGGAGACAGUCAAAAAACAAAAAGAAAACCGUGUUUUGCUCAGUAAUGUGA